AUGUCGAUGCAAGGGGAUGGCGGAUUCGAGCCAGAGAGCAUGGCGUUGGAGCUGCAAGACUCGUUGUCCACAGAGAAUUCAGAGGACGAUGGCAGUUCGUCCAACAGAGCAUACGUUCCUUGUGGUGUGGGAGCUACAGUAAAGAGGAUGGAAGAUGGCCUGUUGAAGGUGCUGGGUGUCGUGAAUGGCAGCGAGCUUCGAGUUGGAGAUGUUCUUGUCCGCAUCAAUGGGCAGCCUGUGAAAGGACGGUCUACGGAGGAGGCAACCAGCAUGUAUGGAUCCAAGGUGGAGGUUCACGUGCUCCGUGAAGGCUCGGACGAGCCGCAAAAAGUCAACCUUGUCCGCCAUUUCAAGGCGAAGAGAGCGCAGCAUCGAAUGAUCCCCAAGUCCGCGAGCGUGCGAGCAGGUCAAGGCAGCAGCUCUCUGAGAAAGAAUGCGUCCUCCUCGCCGACGAAUGUUCAACAUCAGCAAUCUCCAAUUAUGUCAAGUCAACGCCAGGGACAAACCUUGACGCGCCCAACAGCGACCUCCAAUGAUGUUAACGAGGAUGCACGAAAAGAACUUGCUGAUCCUGCUUCCUGGUGGAAGGAACCACAAGGAAAUGAACUUCAGGUAAACACAACGCGGGUAGAGCAAUCAAUCUCGCAAGCUUCCUUCGAUCCGGAGGCUGGAGGAGGGGAGAUAUCAGGGGAGCCCGAACGGUCGAUAUCGCAAGCUUCCUUCGAUCCGGAGGCUGGAGGAGGGGAGAUAUCAGGGGAGCUCGAACGGUCUAUAUCACAAGCUUCCUUCGAUCCGGAGGCUGGAGGAGGGGAGAUAUCAGGGGAGCUCGAACGGUCUAUAUCACAAGCUUCCUUCGAUCCGGAGGCUGGAGGAGGGGAGAUAUCAGGGGAGCUCGAACGGUCUAUAUCACAAGCUUCCUUCGAUCCGGAGGCUGGAGGAGGGGAGAUAUCAGGAGAGCUCGAACGGUCUGUAUCACAAGCUUCCUUCGAUCCGGAGGCUGGAGGAGGGGAGAUAUCAGGAGAGCUCGAACGGUCUAUAUCGCAAGCUUCCUUCGAUCCUGAAUCGAUACCAGGAAGCUUGACCGAGAAGUCGCGCAAUACGCAGAAGUCUUUCGAUCCAGAGGAGCUUCACUUUGAUGAUAAGUCCAUUAUGUCUGCCGAUCGCUCGUUCGACCCAGAAAACAUUCUCUACUCUGCCUCUGGCCGAAUAGAAGGGUACCGCGCAUCGGAGUCUAGAAAGCGCCAGGUCCUACCCAACAGAAUAUCCUUCGCUUCUUCGAAGUCCUACGAUCCUGAAGUUGACUUUGGCUCGCAAGACUCCAAGAAUGCUUCCUUUGACCCUGAAAGAUUUUCGUUUGCGUCUGAAAAUUCCUUCGACCCUGAGAGAAGCACGUGGGAUGCUGAACGUGUUCAGGCGCUGUCGUCCCAGAUCUCGUUGGAUCCAGAGGUCGACGUGGAGCAGGACUUGCCAGAGAGAGAAUCAGCCCGUGGAGGAGCUGUGCCGCCACCUGUGGAAGAGAGGAGAGACGGGGCUACGGACGCCAGAUCGAGAGAUAUGCUGGCUGGAAACCGAGCGGAAGGCAGGAGUGGUCAAGACAUUUCACACUUGUCUGCUCUCUUGCGAUCUGCGUUGGAGGGGAUGUCGAAGAGCGAGGAUCCCUUUGACGACAAAGUUGGACAGGAGGGAGGAGUGGAGGAAUGCAAGAGGGAAGCGUCCCGGCAGUCAGUUGCGAGUUUCGACCCUGAGCUUCAGGGUGACAGGAGCAAGAUCUGUUCGACAGUGUUGAGCUUCGACCCGGAGCGAGAGCUGUCCUUGCUAUGUGAUAGAAGGAGCCCGAUGUCGCAAUCAGACGGCGAUGUUGGUGGCCUCAAGGAAGUCGGUGGGUCUAACUUACUGCAGGAUAGACAGGCAAUUUCUUUCAAUCCUUCUGCUGCAGUCUGCGUGAAGGUGGGGCAGGAGAGCGGAAGAUUCAUCGUGAAGAGCUGCUGGGGGGAUGCUCAGGACAUGUUGGACAUCGGAGACGAGCUGGUCAAGGUUGACGGCUUCCUCCUCUUGGGCAAGACGCUGGAGCAGGUGGAGGUUCUCCUCCAGGGUGAGGGAGGGACAAGGGUGGAAGUGGAACUGCAAAGCUGCAUGGGCCACCAGAAGAGGGUCUGGCUACAACGGAGUGAUCAGGUCAUUGCGGAGGUGAGCAGACAGUUCAGUGUGCCGACGAUCGGUUCGCCGCCAAGUGGGGUGUAUGGGAGGAUCGACCCAUCAGUUGUGAUUCAGCAACUGGAAGUCAAGUACAAGUCAGCGCUUCUGGACGCGAUACAGCAGCGGAGUCUGACCAAGCAGCUGGAAGAGCGAGUGCUCGAGCUGGAGGGGAAACUGAUGGAGGCCGAGCGAAAGAGAGAUUCGACAGGAGGCACCUCGGCAGGUUGGAUGGAGGAGAUGGAAGUGAAAUGCGCGAGUCUUGAACGGCAACUGGAGAAGUUGCAGAGGGUGAGCCAAGAGACCGAAAGUCAGCUUGUCCAAGAAAAGAAGAGGGUGGAAAGAGUAGAGGAGGAGAAGAAUGCUCUUUCAAAGUCACUGAGAGAGUUGCAAACAAACAUGAACAAACUGAAAGAGGAGAAGACCGUGUUGCAUGAAGAGAUCAAGGUACUGAGGAGCCAGCAGGGCGACAGAGUUCAGAAGCAGCAGGUCGAACAACUGCUGUCAGAGAAGAAGCUUCUCCUGGACGAAGUGACGAAACUUGAGAGCGAGGGUCAUCAGAAGGAGACGAAGAUAGUGAACUUGCAACAGCAGCUACUUUCAGCGCGGAAAGGCAGGGAGGAGGACAGGACGGUUGAAGCCAAGAGAAAAUUCUCGCAGGAUCUGUUUUCUCUCCUGCAGCGAUGUCAGGCUAAUCUUGAGCACUUCAAGGAAAUCCUUGAAGAUACAGCAUGCGGCGUUGACUACGAGGUGCUAAACCUCCUCAUCUUCCUCUUGGAAAAGCAGUUGAAAAGAGGAGAGGAGAUAGGGAGAAGGGAAGGGAAGAGGGAUCAGAAGCCUCGCGCUCACCGGCUCGCUGCCAAAUCAGAAGUCUCUUUGGAUCCAUCCAUGUGGAUCCGAGAUGAGGAGGACGAGGACGAGGACGAGGACGAGGCAGAAGGAGAAGGAGACAUUGGCAUCAGCCUAAGGAAGCUCGAGACAGGAGAGUUCGAGUUGCUCGGCAUGCAGCAUGGUUCGUCUGCUCAUCGCUCGGGGGUGCUGGAGGUUGGGGACGUCCUCCUCAAGAUCGACGAGCAUAGCGUGACUGGCCUGUCACAUGCUCAAGUCUGCUCCUACAUCGCAGGCGAGGAGGGGACUUUCGUCCAGCUCGAGCUGCGGAGAGGGGACAGGAUCCUCGUCGUGGAGGUCCGAAGAGAGCUCAUGACUCAUCGCCGUCCCCCUCCAAGUGCGCAGGCUAGCGGCGAGUUCGACCCCUCAGUGUACGCGGGAUCAUACGAGGAGGAAGGAGAGGAGUACGAGGAGGAGGAAUGCGGGAUCGGACUUUCGGUUGGCAGGGACGAGGAGGGGAUGUAUCGGGUCACAGAGGUUGUUCUGGGAGGCCCCGCGGAUGCAACUGGCAGGGUGAUGGUGGGAGACGUGCUGCUUGCUGUAGAUGGAAAGACAGCGGACGAGACGAGCCCGCAGGAGAUUGUGUCCCUCCUUAGGGGACCUCCGCGAUCGCAGUUGGAGCUGAAGAUGAUGAGAGAGCGGCAGCCUGCUGACGCGCGGGUGUGGCGAGCACUCUCCGAAUUCUCUAUUUUGCAUCCUGAAGAAUUUGACGAGAGGGGCUUGCAGGAGGAGGAGGAGGAGAAAGAGGAAGAGGAGAGGAGGGGGGGGAGGAGGAGAGGGGGAGCGAAGGAAGAAACAAGGUCGAAGAACACUGUGGAAGAGCUGAAGCAGAGCUUGAUGAAACGGAACGAGCAGAUCACGACGCUACAGGCUCGGAUGGAGGAGGCAGAGAGAGCGAAGGAGGGGCUGCUCGGACAUAUCAAUCAGCUUCUGGCUCGGGCCCAGCAGGAAUCGAGCAAGAGCGAGCAGCAGGCCCCAGAGCGAGGAACGGCAGGUCAAGAACCUUCUGGGAUCCAACACGAUAUGGGAGAUCGUUUCAGCAUCGGCGUGAAAUUUCAGCUUGAAGCCAGCGGUUUCUACAAGGUCGUUCAAGUCUCCAAGCAGAUGACGUCAGCAAGAGGAGGGAAGGCACAGGUGGGCGACACGCUGCUCAUGGUAGAGGGGAGAUCUGUCCUCAGCUUCACCCCCGAUCAACUCUUCGAUGCUCUUUGCGGACCCCCAAGCAGCUGGCUGGUGCUCGGCCUGCGGCGCAUCGAUUCCAACGGCCUCCUGGUUGUCAUUCAUGUGACCCUCCAGCGAACCGAGAAGAUCUCGAGACAGACGGAGGUUUUGGAAGCAAACGAGGAACGAACACUAACAUCGAUCAGCACCAGCAGCACAGUGAAGCUACACACGGACCAACAGCCCUGUGGUGUUGGCAUCACUUUCAGUCGCAGUAAGAAUGGAUACUUCGUUGUGAAGGCCCUUGCUCCUGGUGGCCCAGCAGCAAGCAGCAAGCAGGUCAAUGCAGGGGAUAUGCUGAUCUCCGUGGACGGCAAAAAGAUUCGAGGGAUCCGCUUCGACCAACUGACUUCGCUCAUGCUGGGAGAGGAGAACUCGUUGGUCGAGCUUGGCCUGCUAGGAAACGAUCAUGAGAUGAUCAAAGUGGCGCUGAAGCGAGGCAGAGUCGGGCCUGUGGGCAGAGCAGCUGACAAGUCGCUGGAAGAUACGAUGUCUCGCAGCUCGGUGAAGGAGAAGGUGUCGUCCCCCAAGCAAGAGCAACAGAGUCCUGCUGGUGACUCGCGGCUCUACGGGACGGGGAUCGUCUUUCACAAGGACACGCAGGGAUACUUCAACGUCAAGUCAGUCGUAUCUCCUUUCAACCACAGCUCUGCUGGUGUGGAACCUGGAGACAUGUUGAUGUCGGUCAAUGGGAAGACAGUUCAUGGGAUCAGGCAAGCAGGGGUGUUGGGUGUACAACGACGCUCCAUGUGA